ACGAGCAUCCUCCAUACUCGUGAAGCCAAAAGACGGACCAUCACACGAAAUAAUCGCUCUUUGGGAUUUGUAUUGAGUAAAUCUUAAGGGACGUUAGGAGGGAACAGUAUUGCAUUAUUGUUUCUGGACUUACAGAGAUGGCACUGUCUUUUCGACGCAGGUGUUUGCUUUUGCUUUGGUUGACCGCUCUUCAGAGUAGCCACGCUGCCGUUCAGACAUGCAUGGAUAAGCACCAGGUGGUUGGGGUGCUCCGUCAAAUGGAGAAAUUUCUAAAAGGCCAGGAGAUGCGAUUUACAGAGGGCCUCCGGAUCAUGAAGUCAAAACUGGCAACCCUUCAGAACUCUGUUUCCAAGUUGCCCCAAGCAGACCAGUCAGCUGCUCCCACCACCUGCCCCUCCCUGGAAGCCCCUGCUCACGGAACGAAGUUUGGCUCAAAGUAUUUUGUUGGACAUGAGGUACAUUUCACUUGUUCCCAGGGCUACCAUCUCGUCGGUUCAGCCACACGUGUUUGCCGGGACAACGGCACCUGGACGGGUAUCAGUGCCGUCUGUAAAGAUAUAAGUGAGUGUGCAAGUAACCCCUGCCAGAAUGGAGGUACCUGUGUUGAGGGUGUUAACCAGUACAAAUGCACCUGCCCUCAGAACUGGAGCGGCUCACACUGCCAGCACCAAACCCAGACAGCACCGCCUGAGUGGAGCGUCAUGAAUGAUCCAGCGUUCAGCCGGAGACCUCGCUGCGCCCAAGUGAACCGAGCCCAACACUGCAGCUGUGAUGCGGGCUUUCACAUGAGUGGCACCUCUGACAACAGUAUCUGCCAGGACGUGAAUGAGUGCGAAGUUUACCGGCUGGACCAAGGAGGGAAGCUGUGUGUCCAUGAGUGUGUCAACGUCCCAGGCUCGUACCACUGCUCUUGCCCCAGCGGCUACAAGUUGCUCCCAGAUGGGCGGAGCUGUGAGGAUGUGGACGAAUGUUUAAGCCAGCAGCACAACUGUAGUCAAGGCACAACUUGUAUCAACAUGGGGGGAGGCUUUCAGUGCGUCAACCCAGUGUGUCCCCGUUCUCAUGGAAACAUCAGUUAUGUCAAGACAUCUCCCUUUCAGUGUGAGAGAAACCCCUGCCCCAUGGACAGCCGCUCCUGCCACCUGGCACCUAAGACCGUCUCCUUCCACUACCUGUCCCUUCCCUCCAACCUGCAGACUCCAGCCACUCUUUUCCGUAUGGCCACCGCUGCAGCCCCCGGGCGCACCGGGCCUGACAGCCUGCGUUUUGGCAUAGUGGGAGGAAACUCCCGGGCCAUGUUUGCCAUGCAGCGUUCAGACAGACAAACUGGUGAGCUGAUACUGGUCCAGCAGAUGCGCGGGCCACAGGAGAUCAGCGUUGAUGUGGACAUGUCUGAAUACAGCGAGCGCACCUUUCAGGCCAAGCAUGUGGCCAGGGUCCACGUUCUGGUUUCACCUUACAAUUUCUGAGAGCGCCUUUCCAAAAGAGGAAGGCUAGAGACAGAAAGGUAAAGAGGAGCGAAGAGGAGUGCAUAAUGGGCACUGAGUUUACUGAUCAUCUUCAUCCCUUUGUAGCCAGUUGCUGGCCAUCUUUUGUUCAGUGGCUAAAUGUACUAUGAGAUUUGAGAAUAGUAAAAAUUACCAAAAGAUGAGAGUGACAAGCCAAUAUUAUUAUAGUUAUAUUAUGAAUAUAAUAAUAUAUGGCAGAAAACAUAAUAGAAUCAUUAAGCCGUGUCAGUGAGCUUGAAUGCGUGAAUUAGAUUUACUUUCUAAACAAAAGCUAAAUUAAAGGGUUUAAAGUGAAGGAUAACUUCUUUUGUUAUUGCUGUUUGUAUUUUUAUGUCUAUCAUAGAUCAUCUCUGUGUAGCUCAGGGUUGGCCCUGGGGCUGAUGCACUGCCCCGCUGUACUGAUGAUAAAUCCCUAUAAGACAUUAGUGCUCCUGCGGCUCUAAUUUAUUGGAAAUAUUGUUGCUGGUUUUUACAUUGUAACAUACUGAAUGCCACAUUUUUAUCUUCCAUCAUAUACUGUAUAUUUGUUUUUUGUACUGGCUUACAUUGUUAUAGCCAUUCUUUCUACUAAGGGAGUUUUUCUUAGGUAAACAGUAGAUGCAGUACUGUACAAUACCUGGGCAUAUUUCCUCUAUUACUCAUAUUCUGCACAUGUAUGUUAUCCAGAAAUAGUCUCACUAUAAAUCAAUGAUGAUUUUGGCAAGCUUGC